AUGAAAUACACAAGAAUGAAUUUGACAAAACUAUCAAGUACAACACAUCAACUAGGUUGGACUUGGAUAUCACCGAAACAACAGAUUCCUACCCAGAGUUUGAUUUCUUGGAUUUACUACGAAAUUUACAGGCAACUUGCUCUAAUUUUAUACAUAGUUAUUGAAGGAAAGGGCUCUGAAAAACUAGUCGCCAUAUUUGAAGCUUAUCUGGUUGAAUUUUCAGUCAUCAAUUUAAAAUGA